CCAGUCAGCUGACUAGCCAAACACGGUUGUAGCUUAGCAGCACCCAUUCACCUCACCUCUCCUCCAGUGAGUCAGGCGACAUGGACCACCGUCGCGUGGACCGCGUGGGACUCCUGUCCCCGCUGGAGGAGUCGAGCGCCGAGAUCAGCCGGGACAGCGGCAUUGUGUCGCAGAGCGCCAGCAGCCUGUCGAUGGUCAGCGACAUCCUCAGCAGCGGCACCGUGUCGCAGAGCCCCAGCUUCGGCGCGGUGGCCAACGUCGUCCCGUCGCUCAGUCCGAGCCUUCACGAAGCGGCAGCUGGGGCUGCCGCCGCAACAGCGGCGUCCCAACACGACACGGAACGUCACGACGAGGACUUGGUCCACACCGCCCUCUCGUACUCCUCCUACGUGAGGGCUACAGCGGGAGAAGAGAUUCUGUGCUUGGAGAAAAGCCUGGAGGAAAUGCUGACCAGAGUGGACGAGUUUGUCGGCAUGCUGGAUAUGAUUCGUAGCGACACGUCACAAAUCGUGAGCGAAAACCUACCUCAAAUUCAGCAGAAGUCUGAGGAAAUGAGAGAACUUUAUAGACGUGUCGACAAAUUAGAGGGCUUUGUCAAGAUGGUGGGAGCUAAUGUCGGCGCCAUGGAGAUGCAGUUGAGUCAGGCAGAAGGAGAUCUGUCCACGCUACCGGGCGCCUUCAAGAAGAUUCUCCGCACAAUGAGCGUGUCGGGCUUUUUAAACAAACCAAACACCCCACGAAGAACAGCACCACAUCAGCAGCAUCAAGAAAUCCCCCAAGUGUUCUGCACGGACAACUACAUCGUUACAUCGCAGCAGACCGAGCAGUGACGCAACGCAGAGCGUAUAGACAGCACCAACGUCCUCAGCCAAGCAAUAGCUGACUCUCUCUCGCCAGUAAUUCACAGGAGGCCGUGAGGUGACACUGAACUGUAGCGACAAACAAAUAAUAAUGUGAUUUUAUUUUUUAAAAAGUGCCUGAACGGUCUUGUUUUUCUGCUGGUUGUUAGCUUUGUAACAAGCCGGACACAUCUUCCAACCCAAGAUUUUUUUUGUACAGUUUGUUGUUUGUUUAAAAAAUAAAAAGUCUGCAUGCUGUUGUAAGUCAGUUUCCAAUCAGUCUAGUCAAUCACCGCAAGCAAUAUGGACCAAGUAUUAAAUGUCUUCCAUUUAAAAAUACUAACCGUAUUUCUAGCUUCUUGUUUCUUACUGGCUGUGUAUUUGUCAUAAAAAAGCACAUUGACUUUAACCUAAGUUUGGCUUAAUAUUGAAACUGUGCCUGACCAUUUUUAGCAAGACAAGUGGACCUGAUGGGUGAGACGUCACCGUCAUUGUUUAUCGCAAUGUCAGAUUAAUAAAAUAAGACGUUGCAGGUUUGUUUUGGUCACAUUUUCGACCGUGAUUAUUAAAGUUUUAUAUGUUA